AUGUAUGAUGUCCUAACCCAGAAGGGACUGACUGUGGAUGAAGACAAAGUGAAUAAAGUGAACAUCUCCUCCUUGGAAGGGAGAAAGAAAAUUACAAACAGUGGACUGAGCGCUUUUGAAGCUGGGCUAUCAACAAAGAAUCUUCUAAAUCAAUUCACCACCAGAAACGGAAUGCAGGCAGUUCUCAGAAAUGUCUCACAAAGAAGCACAGAGAAAGGCUCUCUGAAGGCGGAAGCAGGAGAUGUUUCCAUCCUGAAGACGGAAAUUGAGCCCGGCAAUGAAUCCUGCACCCUCAAACUUUUCCACGGGGUCAGAAGUGCCUGUGGUACCACAGCCAUCUCAGUGCAAAUUAUUCAGAGAGGGUCAGAACACUUUCUCCAGGCCACCAGGGAUAUUAAUGGCUGCUGCAAGCUUCAGCACCCCUUCACUGUGAUGCUACAAUGCAAGGAGGUAGUAGGAGUUCCUCUAGGUCAUACCAGGAACCAGCUUGGUGCAGAGUGCGUGGUGUUGUUUCAGGAAUUCUCCAAGUCAAAUGUCUGCUGGAAUGCUAACCUCCUAAGAAGCUCAGGGCAUCCUGCUGAGAUCAUUCAGUUAGAAGACAUUCAACUGCCCUACAAGUUAGAGAAGGUGUGCCCUGAUUUCCUCCCACAGGUGCAGCCGCUGCAGAAGAGGGCUGUUAAUCUUCAGGAUGAGAACCACAGAGAAAAGGGCAGCCUCAGUGCAAAGGCCCUGACUGCGGACUUCUUCCAAGGCGCCUUGAAGAUCUCCAAAAACCUUCUGACACUCAGGAAAGCUGACUCAGGAUUCAAACACAGGAGUGAUGUUGAUGAUGAUGAUGAAGAGAUGAUGAAGGAUAAUGGCAAUGACUAUGAAGUUACUCUGCGGCAGUAUGGAGAGAAGACUGGUGAAACUGAAGAAGCCAAGGUGUCUCGCCCGGCAUCGCAGACGGGCCGGGCCGGCCCGGAUGGAAUUGAUCCUGCAGUAAAAAUGAGCUGCAGAGCUGCUGUGGGGGAGAACUGCAAGGCUGACUGCCCUCCAGGGAACCCAGCACCUGGGAGCAAUCAUGGCCCAGAAGCCACAGAAGCUGAAGAGGAUUUUGUGGACCCAUGGUCAGUACAGACAAGCAAUGCGAAGGGCAUCGACUAUGACAAGCUCAUUGUUCGAUUCAGAAGCAGUAAAAUUGAUAAAGAGCUGAUCAGUCGCAUAGAAAGAGCCAUCGGCCAGAAACCACACCACUUCCUGCACAGAGGCAUCUUCUUCUCUCACAGAGACAUGACUCAAGUUCUCGAUGCCUAUGAAAACAAGAAACCAUUUUACCUGUUCAUGGGCAGGGGCCCCUCUUCUGAAGCCAUGCACUUGGGCCACCUCAUCCCGUUUAUUUUCACCAAGUGGCUGCAGGCUGUGUUCAACGUGCCCUUGGUCAUCCAGAUGACGGAUGACAAGAAGUACCUGUGGAAGGAUCUGACCCUGGACCAGGCCAAGGACAUCAUCGCCUGUGGCUUUGACAUCAACAAGACUUUCAUAUUCUCUGACCUUGACUACACGGGGAUGAGCCCAGGCUUCUACAAGAAUGUGGUGAAGAUUCAGAAGCAUGUGACCUUCAACCAAGUGAAGGGUAUUUUUGGCUUCACUGACAGCGACAGCAUUGGGAAGAUCAGUUUUCCUGCCAUCCAAGCUGCUCCCACCUUCAGCAACUCCUUCCCACAGAUCUUCCAGGACAGGACUGUCCAGUGCCUGAUUCCGUGUGCCAUCGACCAGGAUCCCUACUUCAGAAUGACGAGGGACGUCGCCCCCAGGACUGGUUAUCCAAAGCCAUUCCUGCUGCACUCCACCUUCUUCCCUGCCCUGCAGGGUACCCAGACCAAGAUGGGCACCAGUGACCCCAACUCCUUCAUUUUCCUCACCAACACUGCCAAGCAGAUCAAGACCAUGGUCAACAAGCACGUGUUUUCUGGAGGGAGAGCCACUGUCGAGGAGCACCGGGAGCCGGGGGGCGACUGUGACGUGGACGUACCUUUCACGUACCUGACCUUCUUCCUCCAGGACGACGACAAGCUCGAGCAGAUCAGGAAGGACUACAGCAGCUGCGCCAUGCUCACAGGGGAACUCAAGAAGGCGCUCAUUGACGUCCUGCAGCCCCUGGUCGCUGAGCACCAGGCCGGGCGCAAAGAGGUCACGGACGAGGUCGUGAAGGAAUUCAUGAGGCCCUGGAAGCUAAUCUUCGAUUUUCAGUAA